AUGUCGAGCCGCGACCAGAUCCUGUCGCCACGAGCGGUCGAGGGCAUGAUUGCAGACGGUGGCAUUAUUGUCAUCUUCGAAGAUUACGUCCUGCGACUCGACUCGUGGGCCGACAAACAUCCUGGUGGCCGUCUGGCGAUCCAGCACGUUGUUGGCAAAGAUGCAACCGACGAAAUCAUGGCGUACCAUUUUGCUGGGACAAUCAGCACGAUGAAAGCCUACCGGAUAGGCCGGAAGCCAAUGGGACCCUGGGCCAACAUGACACCACCAAUAAGAGGAGGCAUCUACCGCCGGCCCAGCAUCUCACUAGGCGAUGACAGUCCCACCCUCCACGUUCUCGAUGCGGCUCUAUCCGAUGACGGUGCAUCCACUGGGUGUGACCACGUCAUUGACCUCAGUCCCUGUCUUGCCCGUAAGCCUGUCGCGGCUAUUCGGAGCCCCGGCACGCCCGAUCCCGAAAAGGUAGCCGGCCUUGACGAUGCCGACGAAAAGACCGGUCUGCUCGCUGGCGGUGGGAGGGCGGGAGACAUCCCCACCAUCCUUAUGACGCCUGAGAAAUACACCGACUGGGCCGUGCAGCAAGAGAUCGAACAGGGCCUCCGCGACUACCCGUCUCUAGACCCCCUGGUGCAGCAGGACAUUGUGCGCAAAUACCGGCUCAUGCACCAACAGGUCAUCGACGAGGGCCUCUACGAGUGCAGGUACAUCGAAUACGGCAAAGAAAUGGUCCGGUACACCAGUCUGUUCGCUCUCUUCCUCGUUGCCCUGCACUACAGCUGGUACAUAACCUCUGCUGUCUUCCUGGGACUUUUUUGGCACCAAAUUAUGUUUACUGCGCACGAUGCUGGACACCGAGCAAUCACCCAGAAUUUUGUCGUUGACACGUUGAUCGGCCUCUUUGUCGCUGACUUCUGCUGCGGGCUGUCCAUCGGCUGGUGGAAGCGCAGCCAUAACGUCCAUCAUCUCAUCACGAACCACCCGGAACACGAUCCGGACAUCCAGAACGUGCCGCUUUUUGCCACCUGCCCAUCGUUCUUCAGGUCCGUCUACUCGACAUACUACGACUUCACAUUUGCCUGGGAUGCCGUGGCCAACUUCUUGGUCCCGUACCAGAGCUACACGUACUAUCCCAUCAUGGGCGUUGCUCGUUUCAAUCUCUACUUUCUCUCCUGGCUGCACGUCCUGUCGUCCAAGGCAUCUGCGCUCGGCAACACCAAGGCCUGGUGGAUUCGGUGGACCGAGAUCGUCUUCAUGACCUGCUUCUGGUUCCUCUUUGGCUACUGCUUGGUGUGGCGCACGCUGCCGAACUGGCCGGUCCGCGUUGCCUUCGUUCUCGUCUCGCACAUAGUUACUAUGCCGUUGCACAUUCAGAUCACGCUGUCCCACUGGGGUAUGUCGACAUCUGAGCUCGGCGAGUCUGAGUCCUUUGCCCAGCGCCAGCUGCGCACCACCAUGGACGUCGACUGCCCGGCCUGGCUCGAUUUUAUCCACGGUGGCCUGCAGUUCCAGGCUGUUCACCAUCUGUUUCCCCGCGUGCCGCGCCACAACCUGCGCCGCGUGCAGGAGCUCGGCCUGGCCUUCUCGCGCGAGACUGGCGUUCCUUACACCAUCUUCAACUUUGUUGACGGCAACCGCAAGGUGAUCGACCGCCUUGGCGAGGUGGGCGACCAGGUCCGCAUCCUGGUCCAAUGUCAAAAGUACAUGGCCGAAACCCGCACGAGCGGCUUGCAUUAG